AAGUAACAAAACGAUAUCUCUCUCUGUAAUCGUAGGAGAUGAAUAACGGCUGUGGAAGUGGAAGUGAUUCUUGUUUGUCCUCAAUGGAGGAGGAGCUUCAUGUUUUAGCAGUAGAUGAUAAUCUAAUUGACCGUAAAAUCCUUGAGAGAAUCCUCAAGAUCUCUUCUUGCAAAGUGACAACAGCAGAAAAUGGGCUUAGAGCAUUGGAGUACUUAGGCUUGGGAGAUCCACAACAGACCAAUGUAAUGAAGGUGAAUCUUAUCAUCACUGAUUAUUGUAUGCCAGGAAUGACAGGUUUUGAGCUUCUUAAGAGAGUGAAAGUGGUUAUAAGUGAAGCAAGGAAAUCAAUUCUUCAGGAACUCGAUUCUCUGAGAGAACUGGGGAAAACGACGUCUCUGAUCCAAUUGUUUGAGGUCGCUCCUCUAGUUGCUCCUGAAGUUGCUCCAGCUGCGCCAGUUCCUGAGGCUCCAGCUGCGCCAGUUCCUGAGGCUCCAGCUGCUCCUGAGGCUCCAGCUGCUCCUCCACAGCCAUUGCUGACAUCUCAACCAUCCUGGACGCAUAACAAUAAUCUGACGUCACCUUCAAAUCGUACACAGAUUGAUCAGCAAUUCCAGAAGCUAUCUUUUGAUUUUCUGCCUCCAAACCAAGCAACCUUGUCAAGGCAUUCAUUUCUAGGUCCGAAUGGUCUUAAAAGUCAAUGGGUUGCACCCAAGUCGGAGAUAAAGGUUCAAUAUCCGAGUAAUACGGAUUGGGGUUCUGCGGACAAUUCUGGUUUAAUUGAAGCUGGACCAAGCGGUUCCUCAGCAUCACAUAAUGGUGAUACUCAAGAAGUCUCAACGCUGAACUCUGUGCUCUCCUUAGAUGAUGGUCGAUGGCAGCGUCAUUCUGAGGCAGUAAAUUCCCAGUUUAUUAGUGACGCAACUGAAGACCCGUUUCAGUUUGUCGGUAUGAAGCAACCUUCCCCUCCUCCCGUGCUUGCCCAAGUGCAUCAAGAGUUAGCCCAAAUUUGCCCAUCUAAAGUUGCUGAUCCUAGACCAGGACCCGCAAUUCCUUCUCUAGAAGGAAAAGAGGGUAGCAAUUCUUAUCAGCAUUUACAUGUGCCCGUGCGCAUAAUGGAUGAUUUCCUAAGGCUAGCUCGGUCAAACACAGAAAGGAAUUUAGAAACUUGUGGAGUACUUGCUGGCUCUCUGAAAAACAGGGUUUUUCAUAUCACUACUCUCAUAAUCCCAAAGCAGGAGUCUACCUCAGAUUCUUGCCAAACACUAAACGAGGAAGAAAUAUUCGAAGUACAGGACAGACUCUCUCUACUUCCCUUGGGUUGGAUUCAUACACAUCCUACACAAACUUGCUUCAUGUCAUCAGUUGAUCUUCACACACACUACUCAUAUCAGAUAAUGCUACCGGAGGCAGUGGCAAUCGUAAUGGCUCCAACAGACGAAUCAACACCUCACGGAAUAUUCCAUCUCUCUGAUCCAUCAGGCGUAUCAGUGAUCCGUAACUGCCAGCAACGAGGCUUCCACCCACACGAAGAAUCAGAAGACGGUAACCCAAUAUACGAGCAUUGCUCACACGUCUUCCUCAAUGCCAAACUCAAAUACGAAGUCCUGGAUCUCCGCUAAAACCAAACCCCCCCCCAUCACCCUAAGUAAUCUCUCACUACUUUCUCCCACUACCUCUAGUACGAUAUUAGAAAACCUCUUGUUUUUUACUGUGUUGACAAUGAAACUGCAUGUGUUUGGUUUUGGUAUUUCAACUCUCUGUAUGAGGAAUAAUUGAAUCUUGCCUCU